GAUUUGUCGUCGUUUUUUUUACUCUCGCGGGCUUUGUUUUGAUAUGGCGGCAGGCUUCGAAACUUUCAUCUGUUAUGUUUCUAUAACGCAGGUUUCCGCUUCAGUAACACCUCUUUUCGCCUAUGUUGCAGCGAGCCCUGCCUGAGACAGCGCGGUCAUCAUGUCAUCGUCAGCCGGGCUCCAGUACUCCCAGACAGACUUCUUGGCCCGGUGGAUGCCAAGUAGCUCCAGAGCCGGGGUGAUCCUCAGCCCCUGCCCGGACUUGGCUGGCUCCCUGCGGCACGUUCCUGCUAUGGGAGCCCCAUCCAUGAAGCCAGACGACUCUUUUGCCUCCGAUUUCGCCCCUCUGCCUGCCUCUGCAGACAGCAGCUGCAUAGAUGUGGAUGGAAGGAAGGCUGGGACUGACAGGCCAGUGAACUGUCUGACUUCUGUGCCUCUGGGAGAUUCAGAUGGAGAGUUGGACAGUCUGGAUGAGAUGGCAAGCACAUCUCAGGAUCUGCCACUGAUGAUGAAGCUGGAACAGCUGAGGAAAUGGCAGCAGCACAUACAGGAGCAGCUAAAAGCACAUCAGCUGGAGGAACUGCUUCGCCUCCAGGAGGAGCAGCAGAGGCUGCUGGGAAUGGUGAAUGGAUCCCCGCAGUGCACAGAAGAUGACACAGAGACAACAGGGCUGCCAGGAGCAGAGUGGGGGGAUAACUCUCUCCAGGGAGCCAAUCAUCACAGAGAGACCAUGUACAGCCCCACCUUGAACUGCCUUGGGGUCCCCCAGGGCUCCACCAGUGGCCUUCGCCACGAGCAAGAACUCUCAUCAGCAGGGAGACAGGCACGGCUACGAAGAAGUCAAAACUGUGAGGUGGUGGAGAACGAAGACGAGGGCUCGUGGAGCUCCAGAGGAGAUGAUGAGGAACAGAGUGUCGAUAUGAGCCGUUUUCAUGAGCACGAUAAUAAUGUGAUACCAAGUAAUGGUGUGGCUUUGACUGAGGACUUCAGAGAGGCAGAUAAAGUCUUACAUGACAGACCUAUCAAGCCGGGUAUCGGGGGUCAGAAGAAGACGUUUGAGGAGUUGUUGGAGGAGGAGCUGAGGCUGGAGGAGCAGAGGCUGAAGUCUGCCCGGCAACAGCAGAGCCAAGAUGGAGUUGAAGCUGCCUCACAACCUCCUCCCAAGAAGCCUUUUCUGAAGCGUGGCGAGGGCCUCUCAAGAUUUACCAACAAUCGCAAAACCUCUCUACCAAAAAUUGAUGUGAAGAAGGACCCCAAAACACAACGCCAGGCCAGAGUAAUGUCCCGCAGCAACUCUGAGCCCGCAGCCAUCCAGAGAGGUGGCACAAAUGCCGUCCAGGGGCUUCCUGUACAGCGUAAAACCGCCACUCUCAACAAGGAAAACCGAAUGAGAGGUCUCAGCUCGCCACCUCAGGACAUCAGAGCUGAGAGUAAGGCGGCACGGAUGAAGGUUUUGGGUAGUCAUCAAAGACAGAACACAGAAGGACCUGAGUCUAUUCAGACUGAAACCAAACAACAUCAGCUGGGGCAAGUAAAGGAGCAUAAUCACAGGAAAUUAAGUCUGUCGGCUCAGGUCACGAGGAACCCAGGUCCCAAUACGCAGCCAAACCCUGUAACCAAACAAGUGGGCAUGUUAAGAGGGCCGGAGAGAAAUGAUGCAGCUAGAGAGAAAAGCUGUGGCUCAAGAGUGGAGUCAACACAAGGUACAACGGAGUCAGGAGGAGGUGGAGACAGAGUUCCACAGGAUUCGUUUGAGCUGUCGUUCCAGGAGAAGCUGCAGCGCUGGGAUUGUGACCGGCAGCUGGAGAGCAUGGAGCUGGGAGAGUUUGAGCUGCUGGAGCAAGCAGCUGAGGAGCUGUCCUUCUCAUCCAACUCCUCCUUUGUCAUUAAGGUUCUUCAGAUGGACCAUCUGACGGCUGCCAGAGGGCUCCACCUGCGACGGCUCUCCUCCACCCCCAUUAAGUCACCACCCACAGGUGCGCGUCAGAGGUGCAGUAGUAGUAGCAGUAACAGCAGUGGUGGUUUAGCAUGUAAAAGCAGUUCUGUGACCUCAGAUGCAUUCGUGGUGAAGAUGAGAGACGAUGCACUCAAGAACAAAGUGAGCGUUGAAGAUAAGGACACGCAGGACAGUGGGACAGAAGACAAGCAUGAGAACUACGAUGUUUCAUCCAGUGGGGGCUCUGAACCUGAAGACCAGGAAGUGGCGGUCAGACCACCUGUGUUUCCCAGCACCCUUUGCUUCCCCGCGCAGUCUAACCCGCCAUACGACAAGCGGUCGUAUCAGGAUGAGGACAGCUGCAGGGAUUCGGCCUCAGAUGUGACACGAGGCGAUGACGGGGAGAGUGACAGCGUCCUCAGCCACGCUGACGAGUCCACUCUGAUAGAAGACAAAGACGGGCAGCAGGGCAGAGUUGUGUUUGACGACGACGACACGUGGAACGACCUGGAGGAUGCUGCAGUCAGCGCAGCCAGUGACAGUAGAGGAGUUAGUCCAGUUUCCAAGGCAACAGCCAAUGGGAUCUCACCACCGGCACGGACUCUGUUGAGGAAGGUGGCAGUGAGCAAAGUUGUGGAGCUGGAUAAAGGCACAGAUCCUCCUGCUUCUUCUUCUUCUCCUCCUCCUGCCUCCCAGCUCAUGACAAGGUUGUUCCCCUCGCUGAAGCCAAAGACCCAGAAUGCACCUCUCCCUCCUCCUCCUGCGGCUUCUGCUGCACCUGAGUCCAAAAAGCCAGAGGAGGAGACAGGCCAGCAGGUCCAGUCUCGGCUGCUGAGGGAGAGACUGGCUGAGCUGGAGAUCGAGAUCGAGAGAUUUAAGAAGGAGAAUGCCGCCCUCGCUAAACUCAGACAGGAGAACGAGAAACAUCAGGAGAAUCUCAGGAAAGAGCGUUUGGAGUUUGAGCAGAUGAAAGCAGAGGAGCUGGCCAAGUUUGAGGAGUACAAGAAAGAAGAGAACAGGAAGUUGCAGAAGGAACGCAAACUGUUUGAGAAGCAUGCGUCAGCCGCCAGAGCCAUGCCCGACAAGAAGGAGCGAGAGGAAAUCCAGGCGUUGAAGCAGCAGCUGAGCUCCCUGCAGGAGGAGCUGAGGGGGAGGGAGAGUCGCUGGGCCUCCACACACAGCCGGCUGCGCCAACAGAUCGACUCCCUCAGUCAGGAGAACAGUUCUCUGCGGGAUGAGAUCCGUAUGUUGGAAAAACUUCGUCUCAGCGCCUGGAAGAAAAACCCUGUCACUACAGCGUCACUAAAGGACAAAGAAACCAAAGACCCGGGUCCCAGAAUAUCUGAGAGCAAUGUGACAUCUGUGACCAAAGGAGUCAAAUUCGCUAGUCCUCUCGACUCCAGAGGAAGAAGCAACAGCUGCAGCCCUCCACAGAGCAGCACUGCUGCAGCCACCAGAGGGAGCUCCAAGGAGAACAGUCAGGGUGCUGCAGCAGUGAUGAAGAGCAGCCUGAGGAGACCAACAGGGUCAGUCUCCUUCUCCUCCUCCUCCUCACUGCCUGGCAGGAGGACAGCUGGCAGGAGGACAGAGGAGAGGUCACCACCUGCCAGCACGAGCCAAGACACCCCGCCAAACCAGGAACACUCACACAACUGCUCUCCGGCAAGACAAGACAUCAAUGCUGCUCUCUCCUCUCUGAGAAGAGAUUCUCCACCAAAAGAACCAGAGUGCAGUGAGGCGGAAGAGACAGAAUCAGUUCAGGAGGUCAUCACACACCCUGACGGGAAGAUAGAGAAGGUUUUGGCCAGUGGUGAUCGCCUUAUCAUGUUCCCCAAUGGGACCAAAAAGGAGGUUUCAGCAGAUGGACUGAUGGUCAAAGUCACCUUUUUCAACGGGGACACCAAAGAGGUCACAGCUGACCAGAGAGUGAUAUACUUCUACGCUGACGCCCAGACUACACACAUCACCUACCCUGACGGCAUGGAGGUCCUGCACUUCCCCAACAACCAGACUGAAAAACAUUUCCCAGACGGCCGUAAAGAAAUCACCUUCCCAGACCAGACAGUGAAGAACCUGUUCCCUAACGGCAGGGAGGAGAGCGUGCUGACAGACGGGACCAUCAUACAAGUCAACCCGGACGGCACCAAGGAGAUCCAUUUCAACACUGGCCAGAAGGAGAUCCACACGGCCGACUACAAGAGGAGGGAGUAUCCAGACGGCACCGUGAAGACCGUUUACACAGACGGCAGGCAGGAGACCCGCUACCCCACCGGACGGCUCAGAAUCAAAGACAAAGAUGGCAACGUCAUCGUGGACAACAGAGCGUAGACACACUGUUUCCAAGCACAUGAGACUUUUUUUGGGAUCCAGGCUAAUUUCAGUACGACUACAAAGUGUGUUGCUAAAAUCUGAGGCAAUGCUACAGCUGAUAGUCCACAGUGAGUGAGUCCAAGAAGUCAUAAGCCUUUUAAAUACCGUUUUAAUUAUUACUUUUUUAUUUAUUUACCUCAAAGGCGCACUCAGUCAGUUUUGUAAACAGGAACUCAGUCUGCAGGACACCUUAAAUGUUUCAGUGAUGUGAAGGACGUUUUGUGUUCUUUAGUCUUGACAAAUUUGUUUGUGCCAGGAUACUUCUGGCUUAUGAUCAACCACCAAACUUCAGUCACAGUCUUAUGAAUCUAAAUAUUUCGACAAUAACACAUAAUGUUUACAUUUGGGGAGAAUGAAAUGAUGUACAGAAACAAGCCGUGUAGCAGUUUGAAGCUGAACAGUUUCAGUGUGUGUGAAGUGUUUUUAAGUGUUUACAAUUUUAAUUUGUAAAAAUGUGAAAUACAUAUUUAUUUUCUUAGCUGUAUGUUUUGUAAAAUAAAUUUUAUCUUCU